UCUCGCCAUCGUUGGCCGCCAGUUCCAAUGGUCCGCAGACCUUCGUCUUGAAAAGUCGACUUGUUUUUUCCUUCUCCUUUUCGAUUCAACAUUUUCAAAAGUGCACCUCCGGUUUGUUGUUGCCACCUAAACGGGACUAACUCACGCUUCGGAUUUAUUCGUCUAUUCGUCGAUCGUGAUCGCCUCUUCUUCGCAAACAGUGCCCUGGUUUCUGACCCAUAUUUCCAUUCCAUUCCACCAUGAUCAAAUUUUUGGUUUUGUGUUUGGCUCUCGCCUGCGUCGGACAGUCUGCGCCUAGGGACGAAAAAUGUUUGAACUGUGUCGAAGAGCCGUCUAGGAGCAGUUUUCUGACGGCCCACUGGACUAUGCCGUUGAGUAAACUGGGCGAAAGAAGAUACUACCUUGGCACGUUUUUCAAGGCCAAUUGGUACAAGUCGGCCAAAUUCUGUAACUACCACGGAAUGCAGUUGGCCAGCAUCGAGAGCCAAAUCGAAAACGACCAGCUGGAGAAACACAUAAAAGAAUUCGGUUUCGGCAAUGAACAUUUCUGGACGGCCGGCACCGAUCAAGGAGAAGAGGGCAGCUUUUUCUGGAUGUCGACUGGGCGGCCGGUGACCUUCACAAACUGGAACGCCGGAGAACCGAACAAUUUCCGAUACGAGAACGGAGAGGAGGAACAUUGUCUGGAGCUGUGGAAUCGUGACGGCAAGGGAUUGAAGUGGAACGACAGUCCGUGCUCGUUUGAAACUUACUUUGUUUGUGAAGCGCCACUUUAAACGAAUCAAUUUGAGAUAAACAAAUAAUCACGGACUAACCCAAAAAAUAAAAGAAGCAAAAAUAUUAUCAGAGAUCAGUUGAUGGGUAUUUUUAAAUAAUAAUGACACCCCCACCACCCAGCUUUUUUCCAUCAUCUUCAAAAAAAGUUGAUCUCUGUUAAUUUUUAAUUUGUCACACAAACUACUAAACAAGCUCAAUUCAGAGCGGGACUCGCACACUCGCAGAAUGAAUGGAUGUCGUCAACCUAUCGAUAUUUUCUUCUUCCUCUCAUCUCACGUAACACACCUCAUCGAUUUCAAACUUUGUUGAAAUUCGUCGAAAAGUUUGACCCACAAUUUUAUUUCGAAUUUUAUUCUUUUAUUUUUUGAAUUCAUCGUUUUCUCACUAAUUUUUUUUUUCUUAUUUUGUAUAACAAAAUGAUUUCACAUCUGGAUGGAUAUUAAACAAGAGUUAUUAAAUUUCA